AAUAAGUUUUGUUUUGAUCUUAAAGACACAAUGAUUGAUAGAUCGAUAAUCAUUUUGAACAUUGUUUCUGAGGGAUCAAAAACUUCUGUGUGGGUGGUUAAAAGCUAAGUGAAGUUUUUCCUCGGCGUAGGUGGAAAUUGUCAGACAUAUCAACUUGAUGCCUCAUUAGAUAGCAGAUGUGACAUCACAUCACGAAUGGGCCGGUCUCUAGAAAAACACAAGAAGAACCCGAGGGGCUUUACACUCAACCAGGUGCUUUACAGAUGAACUGGAACAAAGAAGAGCGAAUGACGAGUUGACAAGGAGAACACUGAAAGAGGAAAGAGCAGUUAUGAAUGACUCUAUGUAUGACGACUCUUUUCUGGAGAUUUUUGACAAAUACGACGACGAGCCUUGUGACCUGAGAGGGAGCCUUGAGAAUGAGGUGGUCAUCCAAACCUACAUCUACUCUCUGAUCUGUGUACUCGGCCUGAUGGGAAACCUUUUGGUACUCAUCACGUAUGCCUUGUACAAGAAGGCAAAAACCAUGACAGACAUCUACCUGGUGAACGUGGCGCUGGCCGAUCUUCUCUUCGUCGUCGCCCUACCGUUGAUCAUCUACAACGAAAGGCACAACUGGGAUAUGGGCACGUGGGCCUGCAAGCUGCUGAACGGAGCGUACAGUAUCAACUUAUACAGCAGCACGCUUCUGUUGGCAUGCAUCAGCGGCGAUCGCUACAUAGCCAUUGUCCAAGCCAGACGCUCCAUUCAGAUCCGACGGCGAGUUCAGGUGUACAGUCGUCUCAUCUGCACAGCAAUAUGGCUGCUGGCUUUGGUCUUGUCUUUGCCCACAUUCAUAUAUUACGAACAGGUUGACGACAUGGACGUCAACGAAUGCAUGUCUGUGUAUUAUGGAAACUAUAAUGCUAAAGUGAUGAAGAUUCUGAUUCCCAGCACACAGAUGCUCGUGGGGUUCUUGGUGCCCCUGAUGGUCAUGAUGUUCUGUUAUUCUUGCAUCAUGGUGACUCUUCUGAAAGCCAAGAACUUCCAGAAGCACAAGGCGGUGCGCGUUGUGCUCACCGUGGUCUUUGUGUUCGUAUUUUGCCAUCUGCCGUACAAUGUGGUACUUCUUGUCCACACCACUAAACUGUUCCAACCUAGGGAUUGUAAGGAAGAGCAAGACACGUUGAUGACGUUGUCCAUCAGCAGGAGCGUGGCCUACCUUCACUGCUGCUUGAAUCCCAUCCUCUACGCUUUCAUCGGAGUUCAAUUCAGGGGGCAUUUUUGUCAGAUCCUGAAGGACGUAAGGUGUCUGGGACAAAGGUACUUCUACUCCAGGCGCUCCUCGCAGCAGACCUCCGACCUGUACAUGUCAGCUAAAACCGUCGUUGGGUGCAAUAAUGAAAACCCAUCGUCAUUUACAAUGUGAUAUACAGUUUUCAAUAGAUUUUCCCCUUAGAUUGCAAUUUGAGGUUUGUUUGAUCCUCAGUUUAUUUUUCGUUAAUAAGAAAAGGAAAGAGAAGAGCUUUCUCUAUAGCUUAUAUUGUAUAUAGCUGUAUAUUAGUAUAUAUACAGUAUAUAUACACACACAUAUUUUUUGCUGUGUUUGUCCGCAGUAUUUGUUGAUGUUCCUUUUUAUUCAGAGACUUUAACUCGUGCAUGACCUUGAAAGCAAAUGCUUAUCAACACGAUCAAGUUUCUAUUGUCUAGAAACCCAACUAGCAAAAUAUGUUUUGCUAACAUUUCCAUUUAUGAAAACAUUUUCACGAAUAUUUUUCAAUGUUCCAGAAACAAUGUAAGAAUAACAUUUUUGUAAUGUUUUCAGAAUGUUUAGCAAGACAUGUAACGUAACAGACAUGUUACUCUGUCACUGCGAAAAGUUUUUUUGUCAUAACUUUCUGAGAACGAUAGCCAAAGUUCUGAAAAUAUUCCCUGUUUGCUGGGAAUGUGUGAAGGGAACGGCUUUAGCUUGUACUGUAAAUGCAUUUUUCAUUGUUUAACAACAGUAUUCAAUACAAGAUAAAUCAAGUGUUUUGUCAUUAUUAUGGGUUUGUCAGUGAUGUUGAUCUGUGGUCUGUUAAAUGUCACUUGACAGUAAAAUGUUGAACCAAGUUUCAGCUAAAAUGCAUGUCAAUAUGUUGACCAUGUAUUGUGUACCACGAAUA